GGCGGGGCCCGGUGGAAGGGUGAGGACGCAAGAAGGCCAUGUUUUCCUGGCAGCUGAGAGCGCAGAAGUGGUCCAGGAGAGCCGGUGGCAGCUCGCUCUCCCUCUCCAUCACUCCAAACCAGGAAAAUGGGCUCCCUCAGUCGGAGUUUAGGAGAUUAGCGACAAAGGCUGCCGGCAGCGACAGUGUUGAGAGUCAGGGGACCUGAGUUCUAGUUAUGAUUUUUGACAUUAACUCCCUGUGCUCUGGAGACAUCAUUUGCCUCUCCGGCCGCUCAUCCCUAAAACGAUGGAUCUGGCUAGCUGCCUUGUGUGGUCCUUCCCAGCUCAAAAACACCGAAGCCUAGAAAGUAGAACGUGAAAUCCAAAGGAAGGAUCCAGAGUUCGGCCUCCGCCUCUCAUCUCUCCAGCCCAAAGUAGCCCAACAGCCUCUCUCCUACGAAUGGCACAGACAUCUAUCUCCAGGAAAAUCUGGGGGGCCCAUCCAUAGUCUGCACAGCUCUGUUUAAUCAAAUUUCAGCUGCCUGAAGAUACACCUGCCACUGGGCUUCUCCACCAUGUCUUCUGAGCCCACCUCGCCCCCAGUAGUGCCGCCUCUGCACUCCCCCAAGUCUCCCGUCUGGCCCACCUUCCCCUUCCACCGCGAGGGGAGCCGGAUCUGGGAUCGGGGCAGCAACCUCCUGCUCAGAGACCUGCCCAGCCCCCUCCCCACCAAGAGAACCAGGACCUAUUCUGCCACCGCUCGAGCCUCGGCUGGGCCUGUAUUCAAGGGCGUCUGCAAGCAGUUUUCGCGUUCCCAGGGCCAUGGCUUCAUCACCCCAGAGAAUGGCACAGAGGAUAUAUUCGUCCACGUGUCUGACAUCGAAGGGGAGUAUGUGCCCGUGGAGGGAGACGAGGUGACCUACAAGAUGUGCCCCAUCCCGCCGAAAAACCAGAAGUUCCAGGCCGUGGAGGUGGUGCUGACCCACCUGGCCCCCCACACUAAGCACGAGACGUGGUCCGGCCAGAUCAUCGGCUCCUAGGCCGUAGCGCCGGGGCAGGGAGGGGCAGGAAGGGGGGACCCUCUCUGUUCGAGCCCACCUGCCCCAAGUUGGGGGAGGCGGGGCGAGUGAGGGGGAGCCCACCUGGGGUUGGGAAGGACUCAGAGGGAAGGGAGAAAGCAGAAGGCGAGCACAGGGGCAGCCCAUGCCGGCCUGGCACUUUUCUGCAAGCGCGGCACCCUCCCAGUCCUGUAGAACUUUUCAUGUAUGUGUGUACGUGGUGUUAUUUUCCCCCCUGUUUGUACCGUUGUCCAAGCUCCGGGGAGAUCCAGACUGAGCCGACAGACUUGAAAAGAGCUUCCCUCUUCUCCCCAGCUCCAGCUUCCUCUUGUCCCCGGAUCCCCCGGGACCACUGGGACCGGGAUCUCCUCUUCCUGGGACCAGGGGAAGGUGUUAGCCUGGCCCUCCCUGCUCUCUCCCUCCCCCUCUGCUUCUCCCACAACUCCAUUGUGAGUCCUUCGGGUGGAGAAUCACAAAUGGAGUCUCAGUUUCCCUUUGUACCCUUCCCCUCCUCCAUUCCCCUUUACUCCUAGGAGAAGCAGUCCCUGGAGAAUGGCAGGACCUGAGCCCCUGCCGCCUGCACAGCUCGCUCUCAUCUCCCCAACUUCCUGCCUGGGGGCUAAAGGACCUCAGUUGUUUUUGUGAACACCCCCUCCCCACUAGCACGGAGGAAGAGGGGAGAAAGAAAGCAUGAACUGUAUCUACACCCCACCCCCCACUGUCUGGGGGCAGGAGGAGGGGCUGCCUCUGCUCUCUUUGUUACCGAUCUGGGACUCCAUCGCAAGUGUGUCACCCUUGGGGGAGAGCCCUGCUCAGCACUGUGCCAUCCCGCCUCAGCACGGGCCCCCCCUGGAUCAGUGGCUCCCGUGGUCCCCCCCCCGGACCAGUGGCUCCCGUGGCCCCCCCUGGAUCAGUGGCUCCCGUGGCCCCCCCGGAUCAGUGGUUCCUGUGGUCCCCCUCCCGGACCAGUGGCUCCCAUACCCCUCCUGGACCAAUGGCUCCCGUGGCUCCCCCUGGACCAGUGGCUCCUGUGGCCCCCAGACUGUCUCUGUAGCGCUAACACCGGCGGCCUCGCUUCCCUGUGUCCCCUGCGUUUCCCGACUCCCCUUCCCCUCAGUUGCCACACUGAUGUAAUGCACUGUAGAUUCUGGUCAGACUUAGUGAGCCCAGGAGGCUUAGCUAGGGCUUGGGGGGAUAUUGUGGUUAGUGUCAGGUACAACUCUCAUGCCAGGAGCUGGAGCGGGUCACCCCCCCCCCCCAGGACUCAAGCUCUCCUUGGGUCCGUCAGAUAAGGAAGGCUGCGUGGAGUGGGGAAGGGGAGGGCAACAGCUGAUUCUAGACCAGGAAGCCGACUGCUCUGAGAGGAGGGUAAAGCCUUCUUCCUAGCCCUUGAGAUGGUGAUGCAGGGUAACUUUUUUAUUUGGGUGGGAGAAGGGCUCCCGAAAGCAGGGCACCGACAGAGAAAGGUAUGGCACCUCAUUUAGAUCCUCCUGGAAAAUAGGCAAGGUGGAAUCGUUCCCAUUGGACAAGGGAAAUGACUUGCCAGGAUCUUGCAGCUCUUAAAUAGACCAGGUCUCUGACCUGCUCCAGCACUCGCUCACUGAGCUGUCAUCUUCCUUCGGGGACUGCUGCCCCUUUCCCAUCAGGGCAUCAGUGGGCUGCCCCCUCCUUGUCUGGGAACUUCAGAAGCGGAAAAUCCUCCUCUGGUCCCAGCCCCAGUUGAAAGGAUCCCAGAAAUUCCCAUCGAGUCCGAUGGAUGGAGACGUAGGUUAGCCACCCCUUCCCGUGAGUUCUCAAGGUCACUCACAGGGUUAGACUGUAGCAAGCCUCUUUCUCGCCCUCUCCUCUGGGCCCAUGGGUGCUCCUCCCUGCCUAGCUUGAUCCAGCAGGAGAGAGGAGGUGGCUCCCACCCUUUGGAGCGCCCUCCUCGCCUAGCCUCUGCUCCCCUCGGGUGUAGGGAGGACAGCACCUCCCUUCUCUCUACUGCCCCUUCUCUCUUAUCCCCCUAGAAACCAUGGUGUGUCUUUGAAACUUCCGUGUGGUUCCCACCCAGAGGACCUGGCGUCCAUCUUUGUAACACUGGCAAUAAACCAUUAGGAGUGGC